AUGUGGAGAGUGGAGAAGAGCGGGGAAAUAGAAGAGAAAGAAAACCCAGAAGUGGCAUCAAUGGUUAAUCGUGGAAAAGUGUCAUCGAGCGACGGCGAGACAUCUCCGAGAGGGAUUCUAGAAGCCCCUGUUUCGGGGGCAGAGUCUGACACCAGUGGAAGCAGCAGUUUCAGCUUGUGUUCGCCGGAGAAGUCGCCGGCGACGAAUGGAAAAUUGCUUGGAUGGGACGGUCAACUCUUGCAAUGGAAGGCUAUGGUGGACGUCUUCAAGUUCAAGUCCGUACGAAAAUUAACGGCCAUUCCUCUGUUGACGAUGAACCAUGAUAUCUCUCAGAAGAACUUGAAGAGAUUGGCUCGUAUUCGAAGUGCUGAAGAUAGUAUCGAUAUUGGGGCCAUUCCCACGAAACCCUCUUGGAGGAACUUCGAUUACGCAGAGCUCGCUGCUGCUACUAAUGAUUUCAGUCCUGAGAACUUGGUUGGGAAAGGUGGUCAUGCCGAAGUAUACAAAGGACGCUUAUCCGAUGGUCAAGUUAUAGCUGUAAAGAGGUUAAUGAAGAAUGACAAGGAUGCUGCAGACAGAGCAGGUGAUUUCUUGACAGAGCUUGGAAUCAUUGCACACAUAAACCACCCAAAUGCAACGCAUCUUGUUGGGUUUGGGAUUGAAGGUGGCCUCUACUUUGUCCUACAAUUUGCUCCAUAUGGAAGCCUUGCUUCUUUGCUUUUUGGUUCUGAAUGCUUGGAUUGGAAGAAAAGGUUCAAGGUAGCUAUUGGGGUGGCAGAGGGAUUGCAUUAUCUCCAUAAAGAAUGCCCGAGACGAAUCAUUCAUCGAGACAUUAAGGCCUCCAACAUCUUAUUAAAUGAAAAUUAUGAAGCCGAGAUUUCAGAUUUUGGACUGGCAAAGUGGCUCCCAAAUAAGUGGGCAAAUCACGUUGUCUUCCCAAUAGAAGGCACAUUUGGGUAUUUGGCUCCAGAGUACUUCAUGCAUGGAAUUGUGGAUGAGAAAACUGAUGUAUUUGCAUUCGGGGUUUUGCUAUUGGAGCUCAUUACAGGACGUCGUGCAGUCGAUUCAGACAGUAGGCAAAGUCUUGUUAUCUGGGCCAAGCCAAUGCUGGAUACAAACAAUGUAAAGGAAAUAGCCGACCCAAGGUUAGGAGAGGAAUAUGAUUCUACUGAAAUGAAGCGUGCCAUGAUGACAGCUAGCAUGUGUGUCCACCAUGCAUCCUCCCAACGUCCAUUCAUGAAUCAGGUUGUGCAACUAUUGAAAGGUGAAGAGACAGCUAUACAACCGUUGCAAAAUUCAGUUUCACAAAAAUCACUCUUGUUAGAGGCAUGUGACUUAGAAGAUUAUACAUGCUCUAAUUACUUGACGGACCUAAAUCGCCACAGGCAACUAAUCAUGGAAUGAUCCUUCCUUCAUUAGUGGGAUUUCUUAUGUAUAUUUGUGAAGGUUGGUAUAAAUAUUUGUAGCACUGUGUGUGGCCGAAUCCAAAAUCACAAGUUUA